AUGUUGUGGACGUUUGGAAUAGUCUCAUUGACAGCUUGUAGAUCUAAGCUGUGCUCUUAUCCGAAGGUGUGCUCCAUGAUCGCACAACAUGAGAAUUUCUCGAAGUUUCCACCAGGAUUGAAGGAAUAUGUUUUGGCUGGCUUGAAAGGUGAACUUCCAGUACAAAAUAUCGCAAUGCCACCGAUGGACACAACUGGACGAUCCACUCCACCGCUUAGCUGGACACCCACACAAAGAUCGUCGAGUACAGAGAGUGCAAAGGGGAAUUCUGUGUUGUCCUACACCAACGUAGACACACUCGUAUCUGCCACAGAAAAGGAAGGAGCAGAAGUUGCACAACCGGAAACAGCUGUAAUACUAGCAUUGAUCGAAGAAAAUGGCGAACCAUUCAUCCGAUGGUUUGCGCAGUAUAUAGUGAUGAAGCGGGUUUCAAUAGAACAGAAUUUCCUGCCUCUCUACAAUCAAUUUGUCCAAGCUAUAAAUCAUCCGUUAUUGGAUACACAUAUCAAGAGAGAGACGUUCAGGAAUAUUAGGAUUUUGCUGCGAUCGGAUAAACGGCAAGCUGCUUCUAACUACAGUGACCGUCAACUGCUCAAAAAUCUAGGCAUGUGGCUAGGAUCUAUCACGAUAGCCCGAAAUAAGCCAAUCCUUAUUAGUGAGCUUGACUUGAAAGCUUUGCUUAUGGAAGCAUACUACAAAGGGCAACAAGAACUGCUGUUUGUCGUACCAUUCAUCGCAAAAAUCCUGUUCUCAUGCUGCAAAACACAGGUUUGUAGACAUUCCAGCAUUUUUGCCUGGGUUUGUCACUUCUUUCACAUCACCAGUACCCGAUAGUA